CCGAACUAUUUUGAAUUUGCAGAUAAUCCGGAGACAACCCGAAAAAUCACGAGGUGAGAGCUCUCUCCCCUUCGUUUAUGAACCCAAAAAAUGGCUACUUCACUCACCAAAAUCGCCUCUCUCCUUCGUUCAACCACUCUCACUCACAGAUUCCCUUCUCUCUCUUCACUCCCAUCCCGAAUCCCUCUUCUUCUUGCCCCCAAACCCGAGGUUCAGAGUCGUCCUAGGUUCGUAUCCAUAUCGAUGGCUUCAGGGUCGAAAGAAUCGCCUUCCAAUAACCCAGGUCUUCAUGUUAACCCUGAUGAUGCUACAAAAGGUUACUUCUUGCAGCAAACUAUGUUUAGGAUUAAGGACCCAAAAGUCAGUCUUCAGUUCUACUCCAAAGUGUUGGGCAUGUCAUUGUUGAAGAGAUUGGAUUUUCCGGAGAUGAAAUUUAGCUUGUACUUCUUGGGAUAUGAGAACACAUCAUCAGCUCCCAGUGAUCCUGCUGAACGUGUUGCUUGGACUUUUGGUCAAAAAGCUACUUUAGAGCUUACACAUAAUUGGGGUACUGAGAGUGACCCAGAUUUCAAAGGUUACCACAAUGGCAAUACAGAACCUCGUGGCUUUGGACACAUUGGUGUCACUGUUGAUGAUGUCUACAAGGCUUGUGAGAGAUUUGAGAGACUUGGUGUGGAAUUUGUAAAGAAACCUACCGAUGGAAAAAUUAAGCACAUAGCAUUCAUUAAAGACCCUGAUGGCUAUUGGAUUGAGAUCUUUGAUACUAAAAAAAUCAAGGACGCUACUUCUGGUGCUGCUUGAUUUACCACUUUCUGCGUUUCAGGAGCGCCCGAGUUCAAUACCAAGAGAGUUGUUCAGUACCCUUUUGUUGAAAGGGAGGUGAAAUUUGAAUGAUUGUUAGUAUUUUGCUGAUUAAUUUUAUGCCUGUUAACAUUUUCCCAGAUGUAGGAUUGUAUCAGUGGGUUUUUUUGGCUACAAUAAAACUAUACCAAUAUGCUACUUAUUGAGAAAAGUGGUCAUGUGAACUUUGAACUGAAGAUCAGAUCCUUGUUUGAUAUAUAGAAUUGUCUGUUCCUUGGGA